AUGCCGAAAAUACUCGGUUGUCUUUGCUUGUCAGCGGUGCUGGGUUUUAGCUCUAAGUUUUGGCACUUAUUCAGUGCAAGCUUCUUGAUGACAAAGGUGGUCUGUGCAUCACCAAAUGGUGCCUUAGUAGCAGGAGCUAUUAUGCCUGAAGAUCGUGAUUUUCCGGGGGACUUAGGUAAUCAGUUGGAAGCAAAGUUAGAUAAGCCAUCAGUAGUGCACUAUCUCUGCUCUAAGAAGACAGACAGUUAUUUUACACUCUGGCUGAAUUUAGAAUUGCUCCUGCCUGUCAUCAUCGACUGCUGGAUUGAUAAUAUCAGGCUGGUAUAUAAUCGAACAAGUAAGAUUACAGAACCACCAGAUGGUGUGGAUAUCAGAGUCCCAGGUUUUGGGCAGACAUUUUCCUUGGAGUUCCUUGACCCAAGUAAAAGGAGUGUUGGCAGUUACUUUUAUAUGCUGGUGCAGAGUUUAGUAGAUUGGGGCUACAAACGUGAUGAAGAUGUAAGAGGAGCACCUUAUGACUGGCGAAAGGCACCAAAUGAGAACGGAGACUAUUUUGUGGCCCUUCGCAAGAUGAUAGAGUUAAUGUAUGAGCAGUAUGGAAGUCCUGUUGUCUUAAUUGCCCACAGUAUGGGUAAUAUGUACACCCUCUACUUCCUCAACCAUCAGACUCAAGAUUGGAAAGACAAGUACAUAAAGGAUUAUGUGUCAUUAGGUGCUCCAUGGGGAGGAGUGGCUAAAACUCUCCGUGUGCUGGCUUCAGGUGACAACAACAGAAUACCCGUUAUCAGUUCACUCAAGAUUAGAGACCAGCAGAGAUCAGCGGUUUCCACAAAUUGGAUGCUCCCCUACAACUACACAUGGCCUCCAGAUAAGGUCUUUGUAAGCACACCUACAGCUAAUUACACGCUUCGGGAUUACCAAAAGUUCUACAGGGACAUCAAUUUUGAAGAUGGCUGGCUCAUGAGGCAAGACACUGAACCCCUGGUCUACCAGAUGACACCACCUGGUGUGCGCAUACACUGUCUUUAUGGUACUGGUGUGGAAACACCUGACUCCUUCUAUUACGAAAGUUUUCCUGACAAAGAGCCCAAGAUUCUUUACAGCGAUGGGGAUGGUACAGUAAACUUACAGAGUGCCUUGCAAUGUCAAAAGUGGGUGGACAUGCAAAAACAGGAAGUGGUGAUAUUUGAGCUUUCAGGAAAUGAGCACAUUCAAAUGCUAUCCAAUGAUACUACUAUCUCCUAUGUGAAAAAGCUGCUUUUUGAUUUGUGAUACCUUGUGUUGACAGUUAUUUUCCUCACCUGUGAUGCCUUCCCUUAAAUAUGGGAAAAUGCCUUUUAAUCCCUUG